GGGCCGCUAAAGUACUAAUUUAAACCUCGUUAGCACAUGAGGAGUUGAUAAGUUUUUGUGAUUGUGAGUGAUAGUUACAAAAAUGUGGCUUGUUGGGUUGCCAAGAAUUUGCAAAGGAAACUUGCCCAGAAGCAGAAUAUUGCAAAACAUGAAUCUUGUUAGUGUCAAGUUAUUUGGCUUUUCUUAUACGGGAAGACCCUUAGAAAGAUCCAAAGCUUGUGCAGACUAUUCUACUCUUGCAGAAGUUAAUGAUAACAUUGAUAAGGGUACUGGAAAAAUGACAUUAGCGAAGGAUUUGGCUUUUGUUGUUGAGGAAUCCUCCAAAGCUGAUGAGAGAAAAGCAAAGAGUCGAAUGGAGCUUAAGAGGUCUCUUGAACUUCGUAUAAAAAAGAGGGUGAAGGAGCAAUAUUUUAAUGGAAAAUUUAAAGAUUUAAUGACAAAAGUGAUUGCAAAUCAAGAAACCCUUCAUGAUGCUUAUAAUUGUAUUCGGAUCAAUGCGAAUGUUGAUGUAGCAUUAGAUAAUGAUAACAUAUCUUUUGAAUCCAUGGAAAAAGAGCUCUCCAGUGGAUGUUUUGAUGUUGGUGGAAAUACUUUCUCUAUUGCAACAAAGGGUGCAAGAAAUGAAAUCCUUGUCCUUCCAAAGUUAAAGUUGAAAGUUGUUCAAGAGGCUAUUAGAAUAGUUUUGGAAGUUGUUUAUAGGCCCUACUUUUCCAAAAUAUCCCAUGGUUGUCGAAGUGGACGAGGUCAUCAUUCAGCAUUAAAAUACAUCAGCAAAGAUAUCUCUAACCCUGACUGGUGGUUUACGUUGAUCAUAAGCAGAAAGCUGGAUACCUGCAUCCUUAAUAAACUUAUCUCCAUAAUGGGGGAAAAAAUACAAGACCCCUGCUUAUUUGAUAUGAUCCAAGGCAUGUUUGAUGCCCAGGUACUCAAUAUGGAAUUUGGGGGUUACCUAAAAGGCCAUGGUCUUCCGCAAGAGGGAGUGUUGUCUCCUAUAUUAAUGAACAUAUACCUUGACGUUUUUGACCAUGAAUUGCACAGACUUUCAAUGAAAUAUGAAGCUUUGAAUCCAGAUGUCCAUUUUGGUGGAGAGCAGCUCCACUCCAAGUUACGCAGCUGGUUUAGGAGGCAGCUGAAAGGAAAUGAUAUUAAAAACAGCAGUAAGGAGGGUUCAAGAAUUCAUUCUUGUCGCUUCAUGGAUGAGUUAUUUUUUGCAGUUUCUGGAUCUAAAGAUGUUGCAAUUGAUUUCAAGUCUGAUGUUGUAAAUUACUUGCACAAUUGCUUGCACUUGGAUGUUGAUGGUGAAGCAGAAAUAUUACCUAGUGCUGGACCUAAAGCAAUUUGCUUUUUGGGCACUUUGAUUAGAAGAACUGUGAAAGAAAGUCCAGCUAUAAGGGCUGCCCACAAGUUGAAAGAGAAAGUCAAGUUGUUCGCUUCGCAGAAACAAGAAGCUUGGGAUGUUGGGACAGUUAGGAUUGGGAAGAAAUGGUUAGCUCAUGGUUUGAGAAAGGUUAAAGAGUCAGAGAUCAAACAUUUAGCUGAUAGAAGCUCCCUUUUGAACCAAAUUUCCUGUUUCCGCAAAGCUGGAAUGGAAACUGAUCAUUGGUACAAGUUCCUACUUAAAGUAUGGAUGAAAGACAUUAAAACCAAAGCAGCAGAGAGUGAGGAAUUUGUUUUGUCCAAGUAUGUUGCUGAGCCGGCUGUUCCACAAGAACUUAGAGAAUCCUUUUAUGAAUUUCAGAAGCAUGCAGAGGAAUAUGUUAAAUCUGAGACUGCAAUGACUCUUGCUCUUUUGCCAAACUCUAGCUCCUCCUCUGAAACCAUUAUGGAGAUCAUUGCUCCUGUUAAUGUCAUUAAGAAGCGUUUGUUACGAUAUGGAUUGAUCUCUUCCCAAGGUCACUCCCGUGCCAUUACUCAACUAAUUUUACAAGACAACAUCCAGAUCAUUGAUUGGUUUUCAGGUAUUGUUUGUCGUUGGCUUAGGUGGUUUAGUGAUUUCCAGAACUUUGCUGAGUUAGAGCUCAUAAUUAGGAAUCAAGUUAGGAAAUCUUGCAUUCGGACUUUAGCAGCAAAGUACCAAGUUCAUGAAAGUGCAAUAGAGAAACGUUUUGAUUUAGAACUGAGCAGGAUCCCUUCCACCCAAGAGGAAGAGCAAGAGAUGGAACAUGAGAAGCCUCACUCUCUAGCUUUUGAUAAUGAUGAGGCGCUGAUGUAUGGAAUUUCUUAUAGUGGCUUAUGUUUACUGUCAUUAAGUAGAAUGGUGAGUCAGUCACGGCCUUGCAGUUGUUUUGUUAUGGGUUGUCCAGCUGCAGCACCAAGUGUUUAUACUAUUCAUGUGAUGGAAAGACAGAAGUUCCCUGGAUGGAAGACAGGAUUUUCAACUUGUAUUCACCCCAGCUUGAAUAAAAGGCGAAUUGGAUUGUGUAAACAGCAUCUAAGGGAUUUAUAUGUGGGUCAAAUAUCCCUUCAAUCCAUUGAUUUUAGUUCAUGGAAAUGAAGUUGUUCAUUGCAAUGAACAGAAUAAGGUAUAAAAAUGAUAGAUGCCUGGCCAUUAACUAUCAUUUUUAAGAAACCAGGGAAGCUGGCAUCAAGGCUUUAAGGCCCAACAUUAAGAACCUCGUAAGGCAUGCUUUUUGAAGAGCCACAUGUAACCAUGUUUUGAACAUGCAGAAAGUGCUGGAAGCCAAAGAAGAUUCAUACUUUUUGUACAAAGGAGGGCGCUGUAUAGGGAUAAGCAUCAACAUAGCUGUUCGGGAUUGGCUGUUCCUUCAAAGUCAUAAGUUUUAUUUCUAUAUCAGUAGAGUGGACACCCUAAGCUGCAAAAACUGGAGAAAAAUUGAAACCUUAGGGGUGGCUGUUUUCAGUGUCCCAGCUUUGAAAGAUCAAACUGUGAGGAUGAUGAAGCCUAAAGGUUGCCUUGUUGGCCUAUUCACUAUCUGCACGCUGCUGAGCUGUUCCUUUGGUUGAGCAGGGGCAUGAUGUGUUCCUCACUCCCCCC